AAACAAUUUUUUCUCCCUCCCUUUUCACCUUCGGACAGCAGAAAUUUCCUCUUGGGGGAGGGUGGGGGGAGUGUGAUCUUUUCUGGAAUGACCCAAUUUUCUUUUAAACUCUUGAAAUCUUAAGUUAGUCUAAGAGUGAUAACAAACUUCGAUGAAAAGUUUUUGCACUUGCACAUGUUGACCACACUCAUAGUGAUGACACUUGCAAGAUGGCGAAUUUGCGUGUGCAUUUUUAAAUCAAUUUUUUUGGAAUAAGAUUUGGUUAACGUUGACUGACCUAUGACAAAUAUUGUGGCCUAAUACACGAAGAAAAGAAUCAUCGAAGAAAUAUAAAGGAAAUCAACCGAUUGAGCGUUGAAAAAUCAAGUAUGGCUUUGGCUCUCACAACACGUGUCGAUCUAUCAUUCUCGCGCUACCAAUUCGACGAAUUCAAGAAAAACACUAAAGCCCGUCAAGUUCCUUUCGAAGAAAUAGACUAUUCGAUAUACAAAACAACCUCCAACUGUAUCGCUUUUACUACUAGCGAAGAAAGAAUUACCACGUGGAUUAAAACGUUUUAUCUCCGCUAUUGUGCCGAAGCAAUCAAAGAUGGCGGCACAACACUUAAGUCAACAUGGGAUGAAACACCAGCUCAAAACGAUGCGACCAAAUCGGAAAAGAUAUCCAUUACAUUGUCGACUGAGGACGAGAAAACUCAAGUAAACAUUGUCACUAUAAUAAUCUACUGCAGUACUGGACGAAUCCAGAUUCAAGGUAAAUCAUUACGUGUUUGGGGUGACAGUGAAUUCCCUAUCAUCAAAGAUCUCGUCGACCAAAACGUUAGAAAUACAUCAAAUUUCACAUCAUCAAAGAACAUACAAUCUUUCCUAAAAACUGUCUCGCAACCCCCAAUGGAAAAUGAAUGUGACGUAACAAAUCCAGCAAUUAUCACAGUCACAACCGAAGACCUCCCUCCUCUUUCAAAUCCUUCAAACCCUUGCUGUGAAAAAUCCCUUACCACCAUGAAAAAUAACAUGGCGGACCUCGAAUCGAGCUUUGUAUCCUUCAAGCAAGAGAUCUUCAAAUCAUAUGAAGACCUUAAACAUGAUCUAACAUCCAAAGAUAAAGAAAUUAAUAUGUUAAAGAAGAGAAUUGGCAGUCUGGAAGCAACAAAUGAACUACUGCGAAAGGAUAAUAUUGAACUGAAUAGCUUAUCCAAAAAGCAGAAACAAAUUGAGAAAAAAGUUAGUAACACCAUUGACCAAUAUAAUAAACUCAAGAAAAAUAAUGAAGUGAACCUUACCCCCCAAACAGAAGAAUCACCCCAAUAUUCCGCGUCAACUGAAAAUGUUAUACCCAACAUUCCUACCCACAAUAUUUUUUCUCCCCUUAACGAGGAAAAUCCCAACCAUGACAUCUCAAUUAAUAUAUCACAAAGUUUGCAAGGUGAAACCAAGAAGGCCUCACCCAAAACAUUAGACGCAGAAACAGUCAUCCUAUGUGACUCAAAUGGGAGAAAACUCGACCCCAAACUGCUCUGCCCAAAUUCAUCCACCGAAUACCUAAAAUGUCCAACUCUAGAAUCAGCAAAUCAACUCAUAAACCAAUAUGAAUUCAAACAAACCAAGACCUUCAUUGUUCAUGUUGGUACAAAUGACAUUGAAAAGCUCCCAAUUAACAAAGUCACAGACCAGACAAGAUCUCUUCUUACCUCAAUUGGAAACAAAAAUCCUGAGGCACGGAUCCUGCUAUCAAAUCUCCUCCCUCGUAGUGAUGAACUCCUCCAAAAAGCACAGAACCUGAACAGAAACUUCCUCCAAAUCCCUACCGAAUUUAAAAAUGUUACCAACAUUGAACAUACAAACUUGUUCCAGUCGACAUCGAUCUUAUAUGAUAAAAAACACCUUAACGACAAAGGCAUCAAGAUAUUUGCUAAAGAACCUAAAGAGUGCAUUCUUUGGAACGCAGAAGACCCAUCGACACAUCAAAACCAAACGACAGUUCCACCCAGAUCCAAAUAAACCAUUCCUCCCAAAUCCACUACUCCACUCAAAUCCACUACUCCACUCAAAUCCACUACUCCACUCAAAUCCACGAGUCCACUACCCCACCCAAGUCCACUACUCCACCCAAAUACAUUCCCCCCUUCACACUUCCCCAAACCAUACUACAAUACUCCACCAUUCCAAAACUACGACCAUCACUUCCCACCAAUGGAAAGAAAUACAAAUCCAAACAGCCAGAAAAUAUCAUCAGAAGAUGCCAAAAAUCAAAAGAUCACAGAAAUUGCAAAGCUCCUCUAUGGUCUCUUCCAAUGAAAUAAAAAAGGUUGUAAGUAACAAAACACACUUUUCUUAAUAUAUAUAUAGAUUUGUAAAUAUAUAAUCUCUAGCACAUAACAUCUGUCAUAGGUCGGUCACCUUCUCCAAUCUUUUCCUAAAAUCCAAAUUGACCAAAAUUUACUCAAAUGUACUCCAGGCUAUCAUUUAGUGCUUGGAAUAUAAAUGGCCUGAAACAUAACACUAUCGGUAACAAGCUUACCAAUGGUGAUUUUAUACAAAAUAUAAAAGGUCAUGACUUGAUCUUCUUGACUGAAACAUGGUCCAAAGAGACAAACAGCAUUCCUGGUUUCAAGGCAGUAUCUACCAUUACGGCAACUCCCAGAUCCAAUCGUAGUUGCCGUUUGUCUGGUGGAAUUUCAGUCUUGUUUAAAAAAGAAUUGGAAACCUUUCUCUCAAUUGAAAAACAAACAAAAAAUUUCUUGUGGUGUCGAAUAGAUCGUACAAUUUUAAACCAAACAAAAGAUCUAUUUGUUUGUGGGGUCUACAUUCCGCCAGAAAUGUCUCCAUACUUUGAUGAUGAAAUAUUUGAAGAACUGGAAAAUGACAUUUUGAAUUUCUCCAAAAAAGGAAACAUAAUGCUGUUAGGGGACUUUAAUGCCCGUACCAGCAAUCUGAAAGAUUUUGUAUCAAAAGAAGGCAACACCUUCAUAAAUGACAUCUCUGAAACAUCUUUUGAACCAAAAAUCAGAGAAAGUUUUGAUAACUCUACUAACCAGCAUGGUAAAAGUCUUAUUGAAAUUUGCAAAAAUUGCAACAUGAGAAUUCUGAAUGGAAGAACUCUUGGUGACUCGUUUGGUAAACCCACUUCCCAUCACAAAAAUGGAACUAGUGUAGUUGACUAUAUAAUCUGUGACCAAGAGCUUACACAAACCAUCGAAAACUUUAUUGUCAAACCACCAACCUACUUAUCUGACCACAGUCAAAUUGUGACGUGGAUCAGAACAAAGCAACAUAUUAACUCAACUAGCAACAUAACUCCGACUCCCAUAUCUACUACUCAUAAACUCCCUUAUCAAUUUACAUGGGAAAAUAAUUCGCCGAUCUCAUUCACUGAAGCUUUAAAAUCAGUCGAAAUCCAACAAAAACUGGAAAGUUUAAUCAACUAUGACACUCCCCUCACAAAGGAAGGAGUUAACACAUUCGCUUCCAGAAUGGAAGAUAUUAUUUUGCAUGCCGGAAAGAGUUCCCUCCAAAUAAAAAAGACCAAAUUCAGAAACAAAAUAUCUAAUGUCUGUAAUAAGAAAUGGUUUGAUAAAGAAUGCCGUUUAAAAAGACAUUCAGUUAGGAAACUUGCCAACCAAAAACACCGUGAUCCCCUGAAUAACGAUAUAAGAAACGAAUACCAUUUUGCCCUCAAAAUUUACAAAAACACGUUAAAACGUAAAAAAGAACUUUUUCAUGAAAAAAAACUAGAAGAACUAGAAAGAGUGUCUGAAAAUGACCCAAACUCCUUCUGGAAAGUACUUAAGAACAUGAGUGAUGAACUCGAAGACUUUUCCUUUAAUAAGCCGGAUGUUACAGCCAGCAGUUGGCUAAAUCAUUUUGAAUCUCUGCACACAAAGCACUUAAUAGGCCCUGAACAGAUUAAUAUCUUACAAACGCUUAAAACUCUUGAAAUGGAACCCACAAAUAAUUUACUCGAUGAACCUAUUUCAGAAUACGAAAUUAUCAACGCUGCGAGGAAAUUAAAAAACAACAAAUCCGCGUACUCUGAUAAAAUAAGAAACGAAAUGCUCAAAUACAGUACAAACAUACUGUUACAAGGAUACAAAAAACUUUUUAACCUCAUACUAGAAACUGGUAGCUUCCCAGAUCAAUGGUGUGAAGGUCUGAUUAUGCCAAUCUUUAAGUCUGGUGAUAAAACUAACCCCAACAACUACAGAGGAAUUUGUGUGACAAGCUGUUUCAGCAAAUUCUUCUGUAUUAUCCUUAAUGACCGCCUAAGCAAUUUUAGUUACCAACAAAGCUUAAUACAUCCAUCGCAAAUUGGAUUUCAGUCUGGUCACCGAACUGCAGACCAUAUUUUUACUUUGAAAACACUAAUUGACAAACAAGUAGAACAAAACAAAGGUAAAAUUUAUGCAUGUUUCGUGGAUUUUAAAAAAGCCUUUGACUCUAUUUGGCACGAAGGUCUUUUUUUGAAAUUACUUGAAAAUAAAAUUGAUGGUCAGUUUUACAGUCUUAUUAAGAGUAUUUAUUCUAACUCGAAAUGUGCAAUCAAACAAAACAACAUCAGAACCGAUUUUUUCACUUAUUCUAAAGGUGUACGUCAAGGAUGUAUACUAAGCCCCCUUCUUUUCAAUAUUUAUAUAAAUGAAAUAACGACCUUAUUUAAAAACACCAAUUCGGACCCAUUUAUACUGCCAAACGGAACAGAACUGAGCUGUCUUCUUUACGCAGAUGAUCUAAUUAUACUAUCUAAAUCAAAAUUCGGCCUCCAGAAGUGUCUGGAUAAACUCCAUAGCUGGAGUAAGAAGUGGCUAAUGGAGGUAAACCUAAAGAAAACCCAAAUUAUGAUUUUUGAAAAAAGGAAAACAAAAAAAGCGAAGCCAAUUUUCACACUAGGAAAUGAAAAGAUAUCUGUUGUACAGGAAUACUGUUACCUAGGCAUAAAGCUUAAUCACAAUGGUAAUUUUUCCUUGGCCAUCAAACAGCUGAGUGAAAAAGCCCUGCAUGCGCUCUAUAGCAUCAGAAGACGGCUCAACCUACACCAACUUAACCCCAAAUCUGCUAUUAAAAUUUUCGACAGCAUAAUUUGCCCCAUUCUUCUGUACAAUGCAGAAGUUUGGGGUGUAUAUAUCAAAAACGAUUUUAUCAAUUGGGAUAAACUGCCGGUUGAAAAAGUACACCUAAAAUUCUGUAAGCUCUACCUAGGCGUUGGCAGAAAGACGAGUAAUAUCGCCUCAAGAAGCGAACUUGGAAAAUAUCCAUUAAUUAUCAAUGUAUUCAAAAGAAUCUUCAAGUACGUCACUCAUCUUAAUUCACUUCCUGAAACAACCAUUUCAAAACAAGCUUUCCUCAUAUCAAAAGAUUUAUUUAUUAAAAAGAGCAAUUCUUUCUAUGGAAAAGCAAUGGAUAUAGUGAAAACCUUGAAUUGUAAUAGAGCAAUCCCUGACCUAGAUUCACUUACAACCAAACUAGUUGAAUCAUGCGUUAAAGAUACUAAAGAAAACUACCAGAGAUUCUGGAGACAUAAACUUGAAAACUCAUCCAAACUUACCUUCUACACAAGCAUAAAGGAAGACUAUGAGCUUGAAACUUAUUUGACUACCAUAACUAAUUCAAACCAAAGAAAUCGUUUAACACAGCUCCGACUAAGUAACCAUAAACUAAUGAUUGAACUCGGUAGAUACGAAAACAUUCCGCGAGAAGACCGAAUAUGCAAGGUCUGCCAGGCAGGAGAAAUUGAAACGGAACAUCACUUCCUAACAUCCUGUGAAGCCUAUAGUAGUCUCCGAGAAAACUUUUUAAAUGACUUGGAAAGUGAUCCCACCAAUGAAACAGAUUUAAACGAACACAGUUUAUCAGUUGAGAUAAUGAAAUCAACUGAUAAAGAAACCGUGAUAAAAUUAUCAAAAUUUAUCUCUUUAUGUUUUGAGAAGAGAUCUAAAUGCCUUGAAGCUCGGAAUGCUGACAGUCAAUAGGCUAUCGAACUAACUCCCAAACUUCUUCAAUUACAUAUACUGUAUACUGUAAAUAGAGUAUUCAUUUGUUAACUAUGCCUUUCUUUAUAUCAAUAACUUCAUUUUUAUUUCUUGUAUUACUCACAGUGUCAUAUUACCACAGAACAUUUUGCAUUUGUAACUAUUUAUAAUUAACUAAUAAGCUUUAGCAAUACUUGUAUGUGAAGUCAUGCUAAUAAAGCCAUUUGUUACUGUUACAUCAUGCCUUAGGAGCAUGCGCACUUGUAAGAUAGAAGCUAGACAUGUGUUUAUGCAUCGAAGGAGUACUAUAUUACAUUUGGCGACGAGGACAAAAAAUAAUAAUAAAAUAUGGCAAAAGCCAUACCCGAUUUCGAACCAUUUAUAGUUUAUGGGAACGACACUUCGAGUUCUUCUAUUGCCACUCGCUGGAAAAAAUGGUUGCAACGUUUUAACAAUCUUAUGGUCGCUAUGGAUAUAUCGGCAAAGAAACGGAAACGUGCUUUACUUAUACACUUGGCUGGAUCACAAGUUUACGAUAUCUUUGACACAUUUACCGCCGAACAGAAAGGUUCUGAGGAUGAUUUUGACACCGCUGUGAAAUCACUUACAACUUAUUUCGAGCCUAAAAAGAAUACGGAGUAUGAAAUCUACAAAUUUCGCCAAGCUAGCCAACGCCAUGACGAAAAGCUCGAUUCUUACCACACUCGCCUUCGACACCUUGCUUCCACGUGUGAAUUUGCAGACAUGGAUCGCGAAAUUAAAACACAAAUUGUCCAAACGUGCACGUCCCAACAGCUUCGACGAAAAGCCCUUCGUACUGAAAUGACUCUCCAACAACUUUUAGAUCAAGGCCGAGCCUACGAACUAUCACACCAACAAGCUCAGGAAAUGGAAAAUAACAACACAGAAUCAGUCAACCAGAUGAAAACUGCUGCAACACGAAAUUACUUUUCGAAGAACUUCAACUCACAACGUCAAGGACCAAGACAAGAAUCAACGAAACUAUGUUAUUUUUGCAGCAAACCCUAUCCUCAUCCUGGCGUAUGUCCAGCAAAAGGGAAAACGUGUCGACUUUGCGGGAAAUUGAAUCACUUUGCCGUCGCAUGCCGUUCAUCUCCACAAAAACAACAACAUCGCCACCAUGAAAGUGACAAACGUCAGACGGUUAAAUAUGUAAACGAAGAAAUCGCAAGUGACAAUACCAGUGAACACUCCGAGUCGGAUGAAUAUACGUUUAUGGUGCAAGAUACAGACGAAAAUACCAAACAUCCAAUGGUUAACUUACGGAUUCAAAACCUAGCCAAAGUUAAAUUCAUUAUUGACACUGCAGCGACAGUUAAUUUACUCGAAGAAAAGGAUUUUGAAGCCCUCAAACCGGAAAUAAUAUUGCAACACAGUUCUAUCAACAUCUACCCCUACAAGUCCGAUAAACCCCUCCGUGUCCUUGGAAAGUUUACUGCUACUGUAGAAUCGCGGAAACGAAUUGAUGCUGCCGAGUUUUUUGUCGUUAGCAACAACGGUCGCCUUGGAGGUUCUUUGUUAUCCUACAAUACUGCAAAGCAUCUUGGUUUGAUUGCAAUUACUAACGCUGUGGACACUGCUAAGAACACAACUGUAUCCUGCAAUGUUGCAAUACCUGAGGAAUUAUUCAAUGGCGUUGGAAAAUUAAAAGAUCAUAAGGUGAAGCUACAUAUUGACGAAUCAAUUCCACCCGUUGCUCAAACCCAUCGGCGGAUACCAUUCCAUCUACGGAAACAGGUGGAGAAAAAGCUUGAAGAGAUGGAAAAGGAUGACAUCAUCGAGAAAACAGAAGGUCCAACGCCCUGGGUUUCUCCAAUCGUUGUGCCGAAACCCAAAAGUCCAAACGAUGUUAGAAUUUGUGUGGAUAUGCGGGCUGUCAACAAGGCAAUCCAGCGAGAACGUCACAUAACCCCCACCAUAGAUGACGUCAUAGCAGAUCUAAAUGACGCUAAAGUAUUUUCAAAGCUUGACCUCAAUCAAGGUUAUCACCAACUUGAACUCUCAGAAGAAUCACGCUAUAUUACCACGUUUAGCACCCAUGUCGGCCUGAGGAGAUAUAAGCGCCUUAAUUUCGAAGUAACCUCUGCAGCUGAAAUUUUCCAAAAUACUAUUCGAGAAACUCUUGAAGGUCUCAACGGCUGUAUUAACAUCAGUGAUGACAUCUUAGUCUAUGGAUCCAACCAAAAAGAACAUGACAACAACCUUAAAUCUGUAUUGGAACGUCUUCAGUCUCGUAACCUAACAUUAAAUAAGCUGAAGUGUGAAUUCAACAAAACCAGCGUUGAAUAUUUUGGAUAUGUAUUCUCAUCGCAGGGCAUUUCACCUGACCCUCGCAAAGUGGAAGCUAUACGCAACUCCCAACCUCCAUCCAAUCCAAACGAAGUCCGAAGUUUUCUAGGUAUGGUCAACUUUUGUGCCCGAUUCAUCCCAAACCUUGCGACACUAGCUAAACCAUUACGAGACCUGACAAAACAGCAUGUCAAGUGGAAAUGGACCAGUACUGAACAACAUGCUAUGGACAGUAUCAAAUCCGUGUUAACCAGUGAAACAACAAUGGCUUAUUAUAAUCCCUCGCACAAAAUUGAAGUUCUUGUAGAUGCAAGUCCAGUUGGUCUUGGUGCUAUACUUGUCCAAUAUCCUACCACUAGAGAUCACAGUGCUUCGCCACGUAUUGUCAGUUAUGCCAGUCGGGUAUUAACUCCUGCAGAGACUCGCUAUUCACAAAUUGAGCGAGAAGCUCUGGCUAUUGUCUGGUCAUGUCAUAAAUUUCAUCUACAUUUAUAUGGUACCCAAUUCUCUGUUAUUACUGAUCACAAGCCACUGGAACGUCUUUUCAACGACCCACAAAGCAAACCACCUGCUCGUAUUGAACGAUGGUUAUUAAAGGUACAGCCAUAUCGUUUUAAUGUUCAGUAUCAACCUGGUUCUGACAAUCCAGCCGACUUUAUGUCCCGCCAUCCGUUGCCAUCAUCACCUACCAGCCAUGAGGAGAGAUGCGCUGAAGAAUAUGUUAAUUUCGUUUCAAUGCAUGCUGUUCCCAAGGCCCUUACGCUGGAAGAAAUCAAAGAAGCCACAAAAGCUGAUACCACAGUUCAAGCUGUCAUUCAAGCAAUUCAAACCAAACAGUGGCAUAAUGCGAAACUCCAACCUCGUGUUGAUCGCAAGUCGGUAGAAUGUUUUUUUUCACAUCCAAAACGAACUGUCAGUUAACAGUGAUCAAAGUCUCCUCCUACGUGGUACCCGUAUAGUCAUACCAA